AGGUAGAUACAUGCCGGGAAGGAUAAGCUGCCCUAAUUGUACAAAGUCGUAUCACAGCGUUCCCGCAUACAAGAGGCAUGCUAGUACGGACCGACUUGUUCAAGUGCAACAACUGUGGAAAAACGUACUCACACAAAGCUUCGUUCUACAACCAUCAAAAGUACACUUGCGGAAAGGCGCCGAAUCUGUUCUGCUCCCAAUGUUCAUUUAAAACGAAGUAUUUGCAGCAUAUGCAAUAUCACAUGAAGCACAAGCACGAGAUCCACGUGACGACGACGGAAUUGAAGAAUACGCUGAUCAAUAAUACGAUGUUUUGAAAACCAUAUAAGAAUAUGUUUUACCUUUUACUCAUAACAGCUUUCAAAAUAUUUGGUCAUUUUUUAAUAAAACUAGAAAUCAUGUCUUAAGAUCUUUUGAAUUGCGUUCAUUGAAUUAAGAGGUUUUCUAGAGUCACAAUUUAUUGGCAUCUUAAAUAGAAAAGACCCUAUCACUGUGAGGAUCUAAAAAAUGUUUCAAAAUUGACAUGUAGUGCUUUUUCAUAAAUCAUGCUUAUAACAUUAUGUAGUUCUAAAACAUCAAUGUCCAUUUUUUUUUUAGAUAAAAUGUACGUCUGUCAAGAAUGCGGCAAAGGAUAUACACUAAAAGUAAACCUGAAGUCUCAUCAAAGGUACGAAUGCGGAAAUAAAGAGAAGCAGUUUAAAUGCCUUUAUUGCAGUUACGCAGGCUCAAGAAAGCACCAUCUGGAGACACAUUUACUCAAGAUACAUAACGUGAGCCUUAGACAGUAGUUGAAACAGUUUUGAAGGAUGAACUGUUUUUGUUUUUAAACAAUGUUCAAGACAUAUACAUACUACAAACCUGCUACUUUAAGUACAAAUUUAUUUUAUUUAUGAAAUGCCGAUGGUAUGCACGGUUCUGCGAUAGCUGUUUAUCAAUAAAUGGUGAAUAUUCUACCGAUAAAAUUAAAUCUACAGGGUGUCCCAGUGAAAAUUGAGCCUCCUUUACCGUUCAGAAAAGUUCUUUAUAAAAGUUGAUGAAAAGUUUUUUUACAAUGUCUUUUUUAUAUAUCAGAAAGGUGCGACCCAAUCCAGUUGUAUUUUUUUAAUGGAAUUCCUGAUUCUUGUAUUUCAAGUAUAAUUAACCAUAUUACCUAUACUUAGAAUCAGAAAAAAGCAAACUGGUUUGAACUCUGUUACAUAUGAAUAAAUGACGCAUAUAACUUAGAUGUUCGACCAAACUAACGAAAAUAAUAUGGUCUGAAUUGCAUAUUUUCAGACCUAGUAACCUGCCCAAAGUGUGGAAAAGGAUACAAGAACAUGAAUUGCGUGAAAGCUCAUGUAUAUCAAGAUUGUGGAAAACAAAAAA